AUUCAGUUCAUAAAUAAAUGCAAUCUAAACACACUCAUUUUAAUUUUAUUUAUUUGUAUAUUUUAACAGAUUAUUAUUAUUAUUAUUAUUAUGAUGCCAGAUCUCAGCCGCAAUGAGAUCUCAUUCUCCGCAACCUUUUUUUGUAGUGCAUUUGCUGCUUGCUUCGCUGAGUUAUGUACAAUCCCUUUAGACACUGCUAAAGUUCGACUUCAACUCCAGAAGAGAGCAGCAUUGGGAGAUGAAGGCAGUGCAGCCAAGUACAAGGGUCUCUUAGGUACAGUCGCUACUAUUGCCAAAGAAGAAGGUUUACUUGCACUUUGGAAAGGUAUUAUACCUGGAUUACAUCGCCAAUUUAUAUAUGGAGGCUUAAGGAUCAGUUUGUAUGAGCCUGUCAAGGCCUUUUGUGCUGGUGGUAUUCUUCUAGCAGAAGUUUCGUUAUUUCAGAAAAUAGUUGCUGCUUUAAUUACAGGUGCCAUAGCAAUUACAUUGGCUAAUCCGACUGAUCUGGUAAAGGUCCGGCUUCAAGCUGAAGGUAAGUUGCCAAAUGGAGCACCUCGCCGCUACUCUGGUGCUUUAAAUGCCUACUUCACCAUAUUGAAAGAGGAAGGACUCAUGGCACUUUGGACUGGUCUGGGCCCAAACAUUGCUAGAAAUGCUAUUAUUAACGCUGCAGAACUCGCUAGCUAUGAUCAAGUGAAACAGACCAUUUUGAAUAUUCCGGGGUUCACAGACAAUAUAUUCACUCAUCUACUCGCCGGUUUAGGUGCAGGGUUCUUUGCAGUUUUGAUUGGUUCACCUGUUGAUGUGGUGAAGUCUAGAAUGAUGGGAGAUUCAAUCUACAAAAGCACCAUUGAUUGUAUGGUUAAAACCUUAAAUGUUGAGGGAGCCCUUGCAUUUUACAAAGGAUUCCUUCCAAAUUUUGGUCGACUGGGAUCUUGGAAUGUCAUAAUGUUUUUAACGCUUGAGCAAGCAAAAAAGUUAUUUUCGUGAUUUUGCACUGCCAGAAUCCGUAAUUCCUUGUGGGUACAUUAUUGCAUUCUUUAUUGAACAUCCAGGUGUUAUAGUAUAAGUUGCCGCCUGUGAAAGAUGUGUAAGCUAAACUUUUAAAGUUAUAUAGAUGACAGAGUGAAAGUAAUGAACGUUAUCAUGUGAGGCUACAUGGAGCAAGAGAGCAUUAUAUAAAUUGUUGUAGUUUUAAGAAUUUCCCCAAUUUGGAGACGAUGGAACUUGAACUUAUGAAGCUUUGCUUUUUACCAUUUCGUGUUAAUAUUGUACUUGUACUAUCAUCAGCUAUAGUUAUAUCAGCCACAUUUGUGUUACGUCUCGCUACUGAACAUUAUGGUUUGAGGCAAGAUUUGAUGAAUAUGAUGUAAUCAGUGAAUGUUGGUGUAUGACUAUAUAGUUACGGUAAUAAAUCUUCGUUUUUUAACCACCA